GAGAAUAUCUGUGAAGUGCACUAGACAUGAUUUAGAGCCGCCGAGUUGCCCUUCACAGAAAACGGGAUAUUACACUCCUCUCAUGGUCGCGUGAUUAACAUCAUCGUCAGCUUACUCGCAGUUCGUGCAUUUUUAUCAACCCCGCCCGCAUCCCGACUUCCCGACUCUUACCUGACCUUAUUCUACAUUUACUACUUUCAACUUCAUCGCUGGCAGCCAUGGCCGACAACCUUGAUCCAAAAUCCGAAGGACAUCUGGGGCAGGAACAAAAGCUAACCGAAGAAGUCGACACGGAAAACAACUACUCAGACCUGCAGCUUGCUUCUGCAGAAGGAAACCUCGAUCGCGUCUUGGAGCUCCUAUCUCUCAACGCUGAUCCGAAUGAGCCACCGAUCGGAUAUUACGGCAAAACAGCCCUCCAAGCCGCAUCCUCAGCCGGUUAUUUGUCCAUCGUUGAGGCACUUCUCUCCUCCGGCGCGGAGGUGGAUGCGCCAGGCGGCAAUAACGGUGGACGAACCGCCCUCACAAUGGCAGCCGAAGGUGGCCACCUCGAAAUCGUCAACUUCUUGAUCCUUAAGGGUGCAGAUGUGAAUCGCCCUGCAAGUCGCUACAUGGGUAGGACCGCACUGCAGGCUGCCGCCGAAGGGGGCCAUUUAGAUGUUGUGAGGAGGCUACUCGACGAGGGUGCCCAUAUCAAUGCGCCGGCUGCUCAUAACAAUGGGAGGACAGCUUUGCAAGCUGCUGCAGCCGGGCAGCACAUGGAGGUUGUCGACUUGCUGCUUGCCGAAGGAGCAGAUGUGAACACGCCGUUGAUGAGGUACAAGGGCGUAACGGCUUUGCAGGCUGCCGCCUUAGCGGGCAAUGCUCAGCUAGUCCGGAGACUUCUGGCCGUGGGUGCCGAUGUUAACGCAGAUGGGAGCUAUUAUAAUGGUUAUACAGCUUUGACUGCAGUUGCGGAAGUUGGCCAUUUGGAGAUCGCGGAAUUGUUGCUUGAUGCGGGUGCCGAUGUCCAGAAGACUUCGGGAAACAAGCAUUGGACACCACUUCACGUUGCGAAUCUCAGAGGACACAUGGAAAUUGCGAAGCUUCUCAAGGAGGCUGAGGGUGAUGGCCAACAGGCUUGACCAGAUUGCGACAUUAGGAUCGGUGGCUGCCCGCAUCGCCAACUCGGCCACCUAGUUCGGGUCAAGAUCAAUACGCGGCUUC